AUGAACCCCUCCAAGCACGCUCGCGCGUCGUCCAGCCCCGCAUCGCGCGCGGCCCCGCCCCUUCUCCUUACCUCCACCUCCCCCGCAGCACCAGUCGCGACGGACACCCCUCCACAUACGCCAUCUCAAUCGCCAUGGCGCUACGUCCAGUUCGACCAGACCCCGUCCACUAGCAGCUCGCCGCCGCGGCCCCUGGUCCUUGGCUCCUCGCAGUCCGCGUAUCCGUCCACGUCGUCGUCACCAUCAUCAAGUCGUACGGCCCACGCGCACUCCGCCUCCCGCGGCCUGUCCUCCAACGCCGCCGGUGGCAGGGCCCUCUCGCCAAAUGACGUGGCGCAUGGCAAGGCACCGUCGCGCCCCAGCUCUGCCUCCUCGCCCGCGCGGUCCGGUAGCGCCGUCAAUAAACCCACGCUCAUUGUUACCGACACCGAUGCCGCCUGGAACGAAAAGUCGAUGCCGCUCGACGACUUUUCGCCCUCCUGCAGCCCGACCUCGCCCACGCGCCGCUCGCUGUCCAAGUCGCGGCGAUCGAUAUCGAAGACGCGCUCGCAGUCCUACUCGUCAUUGUCUACGAAAGAGGCCUCCGAGCUUGCUCCUUCGAUCCCCCGGGCGUCCCAGUCGGGCCGUCAGCAGACCAGUCGCGCAAUGGGCGCCGAAUUCAAUGCGCAUGGGUCUGCGCAUGGGUCUCCCACUUGCUACCCGCCGCCGCCCAAUCAGCAACAGUACUCCCCAUUGUUCACUCGAUUGAGACCUUGGCUUCCCCUCAUUCUCUACCUCGCAACCACCCUUGCAUUCAUCUGCGCAAUAGCGUUCUGGAAGGACGAAGUAUUCGCCCGUCUCGAUGACCUUGCGCACUACUUGCAAGAAGAGGGCGACUACGGCAAGGUCGUCAUGUUCUCCCUCAUUUUCCUGACGACGAUCCCGCCCAUCCCGCUCUACUCCACCUUCACCGUCCUCUCCGGGUACACUUUCGGCCCUACGCCCGGUUUCGUGAUCGCGUAUGCGGCUGCGCUGUCUGGCGCGAUGACCGUGUUUGGGGCGAGUCGGUAUCUGCUCUGUCUUCAGCGGCCCAUCGUCCUGUGGCUCGGCUCGAGUGGGACUAUACGCAGGGUCGUCCGUGCCAUUGAGAAGCGCCCGCGCUUGCUCUUCCUCAUCCGCCUCGCGCCUUAUCCGUACAAUGUCAUGAACUGCCUCUUGGCGGCUAGUAAGGUCACCCUCCCCGUCUACUUCUGGGCGACCGCGAUCUCCCUCUUCAAGAUCGCACUCUACACAUGGGUCGGCGGUCGCAUACACUCCUUUUCGCACCAUGCUUCGAACGUCGUCGACGGGACGCUCCCGCCCGAUGAAGCCGAGGCUGACCAUGUCGCGCGGUUGUGGACGUUUGGGGGGAUUGCGCUCUGCCUUGGGAUUUUCGUGUAUUUGAGCGUUGUGGCGAGGCGGGCGGUGGAUGAGGAGUUGGAUGGGGAGGAGGAGGAGGGGAUGUGUCGCAACCGCUGGCGAAGCCGCCGCCAACGAGGCCCCGCGCGGGACGCGGAGGAACGGGUCGGCUUCCUGGAUGACACGGACGAAGAUGAUGUCGACGUUGGCGUCGCCCCGGGCGCGGAGCGCGAGAUGUCGGAGGUGCGCAGUGGGACGCUCGUUUGA